AGCGGUGAGGACUACCGUUUCCAUCGGAAUAAUUAUACCCAAGGGUAUUUCCGUCACUUAGUACGACGACCUUUUCCAUGUAACGCGAGUUAGUCACUACUGCGUCCGUGUGUCGAGCUUCGUCUGGAAAAAAAAGCCAGAGGAAAUGGCAAAAAUCCGACGAAAGCCCUCCAUUUAAUCUUAAAUUUUCAAUCAAUUGAGGCCAUGGCGUCUUCUGCUUCCUCUUCUCUGAGGCUCCAUUCAUGGGGAACCCUAAACCCUAGUGCCCUUCCAAAGGGUAUUCCUCUUCUCUCUCCAUCUCCCAUUUCUCUGUUCAGCUCACCCCAAAAAAGGGCACCUCUUCCUGUUCUCAGGGCACAGAGAAAAGGGGAGCAAGGCCCUGUUGAAACCAGUGAGAAAAAAGAAGCAAAAUCUGCCAAAGAAGUGGAAGAAGAGGAGGAGGAAGUGGAGGAGGAAGUGCCAUGGAUUGAGGAGAAGGCAGCUGACCUUGUUGAGUUCACAGGGACUGUGACUCAGGCCAUACCUGGUCCAAGAGUGGGGCAGAGUUCUCUGCCAUGGCUAUUGGCAGUGCCUUUGGCUUAUGUUGGCCUCUCCUUUGUUGUUGCAGUUUUCAAGACACUGAGGAAGCUCAAUUCCCCAAAGGCCAAGCGUCGAAGAUUGGUGAACAAGAAUGCCAUGCUCUGCAAAUCCAUAGAUGAUGUCCUACAGAUGGGAAGGGAUGAAUUGCAACAUUCCACACUCGAGGGGCUUAUGCAGAAGACAGGUUUUGGCAUGGAGGAGAUUUUACGGAAAUAUAUACGAUAUGCACUAAAUGAAAAGCCUUUCAAUCCCGAUGUGGUAAUGGACCUUAUCCACAUUAGAAAAGUUACAAUGCUUGAUGAUGCUCAAGUUGCUGAAGUUUUAAAUGAGAUAUCAAGGCGAAUUGUGCAGGAGAAAGGCCCGGUUGUGAUGGACACUUCGGGAUUUACAGAGAAGGGCUUCAGGAGGAAGCUUGCAGUGCAGGCCCUAUUUGGGAAACUCUUCUAUCUCUCCGAGCUCCAGGAAUUCUGCUCCAGGGAGGGCUCGUUGAUAUUGAAAGAAAUAUUUGGGGUUACAGAUGAAGACGCUGACAUCGUUCGAAUUCACACACUUUCUGAUAGUGGGGAUUUUGAUUCACUUCAAAAGAUGGCAGGUCUAUCUGAUUCAGAAGAUGACUCCUCUUCAAGCCCUAAAGAUGACUCCUCUUCGAGCCCUGACAGUUGAACAUUUAAAGCCAAGAUAUAAUUAAGCAUUCAGAGUUUAGCAUAGGAAAAUCCGGCCGUUGAAGUGCCCCCCCCCAAUUUUGAAUAAUUGGCAUUGAGUUUGGGGGUGUUUUUAAUUUAUUUUUUUAAAUGAAUUUUUGGGGAGUUCAUAGCAACUCAGAGAAAAAUGGUGACUGGAACCUAAAAAUCAUGGAAAUGCCGUUCUGAAGGAUUUGAGGGUGGGCAGGUUUUUAUUGUUUUGUUUUUGGCCCUUUUAUUUGAUGAGUUUCAUGUUGUUAUGCUGUAUGUUUUAGGAAAUUUCAACUGCAGAAAAUGAAAAUGGAUUGGUUUUGGAGCGGCUGUUCUCGUAA